AUGUUAAAUGAACCAGCUUUGAGUUUAGAGGUCGAGCCGGUUAAAUCCGAUAUCACCUCGUCCAAUGGAGAUUCAGCUCGAACUCGGGCUCAGCCCGAUUCAACCGGCUCCAGCUCGGUCCACCCGGUUCGGUCAAUCGAGGACGAGAAUCUCGAUUACGACAGCACGUCGAGCUUCGAGUUCCACAAGGGGGAUCACAAACCGCCACAUCAGCACAUGGCCGCCACACGGGCACUGAUGAGGCCCGUCUCGUCUAAAUGGAAUGAUGCAGAGAAAUGGAUCAUGAGCAGGCAAAAUGUUGCUCAGCCGAGUACUUUAAAAAGAUCGAAUUCACAAAAUCAGGGGAGUAGGCCUUCGGGCGGGAGCUUGGUACGGGUGGCGCCUGAGCUGGCGGGCCCGGAGGGGCGGGCUUCGGUUAAAAGGGUUGACUUUGUUCAGCCUGCCUCACAAACGGGCCUGUCUAAGUUCGGUUCGGGCCAUGCUGUGGAUUUGUGUCCCGAGAGUAAGGAUUUGAUGGAGGUGGAUGAUGUUGAUUCGGGCUUGACGAGCACCAAGAGUGUGACUGAUGAAAGUACUGCAGGUCCCGCCAUAAGAUCGGUGUCUAUGCGAGACAUGGGAACCGAAAUGACCCCUAUCCCGAGCCAGGAACCUUCUAGAAGCGCCACCCCUGUCAGCUCCACGACUCCUCUUCGCAGCCCGACUUCUUCCAUUCCGUCGACCCCCCGCCGGGGGGCGCCGGCCCCCACCCCUACAGAACACGAUAUUUGCAAUCAGACCCCUCAGGAGAAAACAGCCGAGCCCACCAACAGCAGAAAGGAAUUGUCCGAGCAGGAAAUGAAGCUGAGAACGAGAAGGGAGAUUGUGGCGCUCGGUGUCCAGCUGGGCAAGAUGAACAUCGCAGCAUGGGCCAGCAAGGAUGAGAAGGGUAUUUCUGGAAAUGAAAAUGUGGGUGAUGACGACGAUGAGGCCGAGCAGGUCGAGUAUGCGAAACGGGCAGCUGCAUGGGAGGAAGCUGAGAAGUCGAAACACUCUGCAAGAUUCAAAAGGGAAGAAAUAAGAAUUCAGGCAUGGGAAAGUCAGCAGAAAGCGCGGCUCGAAGCUGAAAUGAGGAAAAUUGAGGCCCAAAUCGAGCAAAUGCGAGCUCAAGCUCAAGCAAAGAUGGUGAAGAAGGUAGCACUGGCAAGGCAAAAGUCGGAAGAAAAACGGGCCUCGGCCGAAGCCAAGAAAAACCGACAGGCCGAGAAAACAGCGGCCCAAGCUGAAUACAUUCGCCAAACAGGCCGGAUUCCAUCUUCUUCUCCUUUUCACUGCUGUGGCUGGUUGUAA